AUGGGGUUCUAUCCGACAUCCACACAGCGCUGGGCUGUCAUUGAAGCCGAACGACUCCAGGAGUACAAUGGUGUUUUAGAGGCAUGUGGCCUUGGCCCUGAGCCAUCAAAGUUUCAACCGAGCGAUGUCUCGCGCUUCAUCGACGUUGACGUGCCUCGCACCAUGCCAUCUUUGAACUUUUUCCUCGCAGAUGAGAGGCGACUGGAAAUCAGCCGAGAUGACAGUACGGCAGAGGUCGCACAUUUCACUCCCUCGCAGCAUGCGUUGCGCAGAAUACUGAUAAGCACAGCAAUGGUAAACAAAUCGCUCGGAUAUGUUCAAGGAAUGAACGAGUACGUUGCUUACCUCCUUUACGCCUUCGCCAAAGGUAAGCCAUCAAAUGUUACGGCGUCUGUCGAGGCAGAUACCUUCUUUUGUUUUCAAACGCUUCUUGCGUACCUUGGUGACGACUUCUGCCGCUCAUUCGACUUUGAUGCAGCUUGCGGGCUCACUAGCACUAUGAGGCUCUUUGACAACGUCUUGCGCUUUUUUGAUCCCUCGUUGUUUCAACACCUCGAGUAUCUGGGCAUUAGUGCGGAGUACUAUGCACUUCGCUGGAUCAUGCUCUUGUUUAUGCAGGAGUUCAACAUAGCAGACGGCCUGCGCGUGUGGGACUUUCUUUUGUCAUUCGGCGACGAGAUCAGAAGCGCCGCCUUCUUCGUUGCGGCGGCAAUGUGUCACCACCUGCGCAGCUCCAUUUUGUCCGGAGAAGCGAUGAGUGACGUUUUGCCGCUUCUUCAGGAGUAUCCGGCUGGGGAUGUGAACCUCUUUCUUCGCACAGCGUUGAAGUGGAUUGUGAAGUUCGAUUUCGGCCUGCUACAAGAACUGAAACAAUUGUCUCCGGAGGGUGUGCAGGCGCUGCGACGCAGCCGCGGACUAGAAGGAGGGAUGAAUUUUGUACAAGUGAUGCAGAGUUGGGUGCCGUCUAUGUUUUAG